AUGCAGCUGUUUAAAGGACAGAGGAGAAAGAGGCAUUGCGUGAAGCUCUCUGAGCUGGGCAGCAGUUUGGACAGAGAGGGAGGAGGAGAAGAUGAUGAAGAGGAGAGAGUGUGUGUUCAGGACGGACGUGUGUAUCAGCGGGAGGAGGACUGGGUUUCAGACAGCUGCACAUUCUGUACCUGCCAGGAGGGGAAGGCAGUGUGUCGGCAGGUCACCUGUCCUCCAGUAAUAUGUUCCAGUCCUUCCUUCACUGAAGGGGAAUGCUGCCCUGUGUGUCUGGGAUUGGGAAGUGAAGAUGGAUGGUCCCCAUGGUCGGAGUGGACGGAAUGUUCGGUCACCUGUGGGCGUGGCUUCCAGCGGAGAGGGCGAUCUUGUGAUGAUGUCUCCACGUCCUGUUCUGACUCCUCCCUCCAAACCCGCAGGUGCACCCUGGGAAGUUGUGAAAGCCGAGUCCAUGGGAACAGCGGCUGGGGCCUGUGGUCUCCGUGGUCUGCAUGUUCUGUGUCGUGUGGUUCAGGUCUCGUUGUGCGUGUUCGACUCUGCAACUUCCCCCUCGCUCAGCGCGGGGGCAGCGGCUGCCGUGGCAACACUACAGAGACACAUCCCUGUGACGCUACACCCUGUCCAAUUGUCGGGGUCUGGGGACCGUGGUCUUCCUGGUUACCAUGCAGUGUGUCGUGUGGCAGUGGGCUGAUGAUUCGUCAGCGGGAGUGUUCUAACCCCGCCCCCCGGCAUGGAGGCAGGAACUGUGUGGGAGAGACGGCCGACUACGCAGCCUGCAAUACACAACCCUGUCCAAUAGACAGCUGUCUUUCUAGGCCCUGCUUCCCUGGGGUCUCCUGCCACUCUGAGACUGAUGGCUCAUGGGAAUGUGGGUCCUGUCCACUGGGUUACCAUGGAAAUGGCUCUGUCUGUGAAGACCAGGAUGAAUGUGUGUUGCAGGGUGUGUGUGUGACAGAGUGUGUGAACACAGACCCAGGGUUCCACUGUCACCCCUGCCCCCCCCGAUAUCACGGCAACCAACCCUACGGUCUCGGACUGGAAGACGCCAAAAACACCAAACAGGUCUGUGAGCCCCACAACCCCUGUAAAGAUCACACACACCGUUGCAGUCAGCAUGCGGAGUGUGUGUACCUGGGCGUGGCGUCUGAAACUGUGUAUCGGUGUGUGUGUGGCGUUGGCUUCGCUGGGGACGGCUUCCUGUGUACGGAAGAUUCUGACCUAGAUGGCUGGCCCAAUCAUAUCCUUCCCUGCCACCACAACACAACCUACCACUGUCUACAGGAUAACUGCCCCGCCCUGCCAAACUCCGGACAGGAAGACCUUGACAAUGAUCGCCUUGGAGAUGCCUGUGACCCUGAUGACGACAACGACGAUGUCUUCGAUGAGAGGGAUAACUGCCCUGGACACUACAACCCCCGUCAGUUUGACUCUGACAGAGAUGGAGUUGGAGACCGCUGUGAUAACUGUCCCUUCACCCCCAACCCUUCACAGACUGAUACAGACAGCAACGGAGAGGGAGACGCCUGCAGUAUCGACAUGGAUGGAGACGGUUUGUUUG